AAUGCGGUCUAAAACUCGGGCUAGUCACAUUAUUAACCAUAAUAUUACGUCAUAAUUUAACUUUAAAAUGUUGAAAAUGAAUUUUAAAAACGAAUUUAAAGAUGAAAUUUAGGAGCUCAGUUAUGGAUAAAAGCGUGAAAGCAUGGACAUUCAUCAUAUGGAUCUCCGUUUCACACACGCUAGCUGUUCAUCAAAAUAUUUCAAACACUGUCCAUCGUGUAGAUAGCACAUCUUCAUCCGAUACCAGCGAUUUGCAAGAAGGGUCAAAUUCGCUUUUCCCUUUCGUGAAACCUCAAACUAGAAUGUCAUUAAAUGAAACGAGAAGUACAUCACUGUCACAUGACACCCCGGUGCCAACUGAGCCAACAACUAAACUGGAACAAUCCGUUACUAAAACUGCUACCUUAAAACCAAUCAGUGAAGAGACUAGUUUUUCUACAACAACACCAAAAACAACAACAACAACGACGACGACGAGUAUACCCACAACAACACAAUUGUCAACAACAAUGACGCCUUCAAAAACGACCGUUAAAGUAACAACAACAACAACAAAGACUACAAAAAUGGAAAAUAAAGAAACAACAGAAACAGACAAAAUUGCUCAAGCUACAGAGAAGUAUUUGACAACAAAUAUACCAACCGCAUACAUAAAUAGUUCCUUGCAAACGUCUUCAGCUGAGCCAAGAAAUGAAAACACAAGUUCAAAAACUGCAGAGAAUACUUUCGGAAUGACGUCCGGAUCGACAAUUGCAACAAAAUCCACUGAAGGUAGCACUCUGUCAGGUUUUAAUUCAAACGAAACAUCGCACAAUGAACAUCUAGUUGUCAUGAACUCAACCGCUAAUUCAACAGAAUUAUAUGGCAACACUACAGAUUCGAGUAGAUUAACGCACACGCUUGCAGACGACUUUCAAGCGCCUGAUUCGUUUUGGCCAAUAGCGUUGGCGUUGACAAUUAGCAUACCGACAAUUGUUGUAUUAGCUAUUACAAUAGCUGUACUGUAUAGAAGAAGAAUAGCGAAACCAAGAAGCUUACUUUCAAUGUAUGGUCAGUUAUCAUAAAUGUUUUAAGUAAGGACGGCAUACGACUCAUAGAUAUUACAGUGUAAAGAACACCACUUGGCAGUAAGCCAAGAUUUUAACAAAAAAAGGAGAAAAAAUAAUUAGAUAAAAGACCUGUUUCGUUGAAUCAUUACGUACCUUCGUGAUCAAAGUAAGUUUAUAGAAAAGUGUAAAUAUAUAGCUUAUUUGGAUGUCUUGACGGGUGAUCUAUUGAAACGUUUUGAAUUUGAAAAAUAACGCUUCCAACUUGUUUGCCUCCCGCCCAGCUGAUUCGGACCAUCUUAAAUAAAAUGAAUAAUUCCAUUUAUUGUUAUUAUUUCUUAAGAAAUAACACCUGUUAUUUAAAUACCGGUAAAUUAUUUAUGAUGAUAUUUGAUAAUUAUGUUUAAAAUGUUGUUACGAGUAUUUCAUAUGUUAGUGCAUGUACUUGUGUAUAUGUUUUACAAUAAAUAUUUUGUUUGGA